AUGACGAGUGUCCAUCCCGAGUCCCCUGAGGACUUCGAGUUCAUCGAGACUCCUGCUGCUUCCGCGACUACUCCCGCGGACGACUGUGGCGUGAGGACGACAUCGUACCCUGCCAUCAAAAAUGCUCCCGUUCCAGCAGACUCUGCGGGAAGUGACAGCUUCUCCAACAUUCUGCUCUUCUCCCUGCUCUUCCUGAUCCCAUGGUAUCUGGCCCGCCAGGUUGGUGGUGGAUUCUACACCACCAUCUUCUUCGCCAUCUUUACCACCAUUCCCAUCCUGAUGGCCUUCUGGUCUAUCGCUUCAUCGAUCUCUCCCCGCAAGAAUGAAAAGGCCAAGUAUGCCGGCCGUCCCGUCGAGCACUACCUUGAAUUCCACAGCGAGCACGACCGUGCCACCUACCGCGGCAAGAGCAAGAUCCCCAUGGAGAUUUUCUAUGAGAAGUACUUCAAUGGCGAGGUCGACUUGAAGGGCGAUGCGCUUGAAAUUCUCGAGUUCCGCCACGACUGGGCUAGCUUCCGCUUCACCAUGGGUCUCUACAAGCACUUCCUCUUUGGUUUCAUCCCCGAGUUGCUGAUGCACACUCGCUCUCAGGAUGAGGAGCAGGUCCGUGACCACUACGACCGAGGUGAUGACUUCUACGCUUGGUUCUUGGGUCCCCGUAUGAUCUACACCUCUGGUCUGAUUGGUGACAUCAAUAAGGAGGAGACUCUUGAGGAGCUCCAGGAUAACAAGCUGGCUGUUGUUUGCGAGAAGAUUGGUGUCAAGCCUGGUGACACUAUCCUCGAUCUCGGAUGUGGCUGGGGUACUCUUGCCAAAUACGCUUCCGUCCACUAUGGCGCUCAGGUUACCGGUAUCACUCUUGGCCGUAACCAGACUGCUUGGGGUAACAAGGGCCUCCGUGACGCUGGUGUCGAGGAGGACCAGAGCCGUAUUCUUUGCUUGGACUACCGUGAUGCUCCCCGUAUCUCUGGCGGAUACAAGAAGAUCACCUGUCUUGAGAUGGCUGAGCACGUCGGUGUCCGUCACUUCACUACCUUCUUGUCUCAGGUUUACGAUAUGCUCGACGAGGACGGUGUUUUCUUCUUGCAGAUUGCUGGUAUCCGCAAGUCCUGGCAGUAUGAGGACCUCAUCUGGGGUCUUUUCAUGAACAAGUACAUCUUCCCCGGAGCUGACGCCAGUACUCCCCUUGGAUUCGUUGUCGACCGACUUGAGGCCGCUGGUUUCGAGAUCAAGGGUGUUGACACCAUUGGUGUUCACUAUUCCGCCACUCUCUGGCGCUGGUACCGUAACUGGAUGGGCAACCGCGAGAAGGUUGAGGCCAAGUACGGCAAGAGAUGGUUCAGAAUUUGGGAAUACUUCCUCGCCUCCUCCACCAUCACCUCUCGCCAGGGUGGUGCUACCUGCUGGCAGCUCACCCUCGUCAAGAACAUCAACUCCACUCACCGUGUUGAGGGCAUCAAUUCGCAAUACGGUCUCACCGGAGCCCGUCAGACUGCCAUCGACAACGUUGGCCACGGUGCUGUCCCUAGCGCCUUCGUCCCCAAGAAGGCCUAA